AUGAAAAGCGCAUCGCCGGCCUUCAUCCGUGGCCGGGAGGGUCAUAUCCGCAGUGCCACGGUCGCGGAAAUCGGGCCAGCGGUUGCUGCCGGGGAUGGCCCUCGUCGCGCCAUCCUCCUCGGUGAAGUCGGUCAGGCCGAUGAGGAAGUUGAUGUUGACCUCGGCGCCCUACGGGCCCUGCACCAUGGCGAAAUGGCAGUUCUCCAGGUCUCGAUGCAGCGGUUGCGCCGCGUUGCCCGGCCCGAUUUCAAUGACCUGCGCCGUGUGCAGCCGGCAGCUACGGGACCAAUCUCAAGACGCAACGUGUACGUGAAUUUCAACGCCACCUUUCUCGACACCUGUCUCAUUCAGAUCGGUUCGAGGACGAUGAUCGGGCCCAACUGCUCCUUCUAUGCCGCCACUCACCCUCUCCACCCCAGGGUGCGCAAUGGCACCAAGGGCCUGGAAUUUGGCAAACCCAUCACCAUCGGCGAAGACUGCUGGCUGGGAGGAAACGUCUUCAUCCUUCCCGGCGUCACGUUGGGCAACGGCGUCGUGGUCGGAGCGGGGAGUGUGGUGGCCAAAGACGUCCCGGACCACCACGUAGUGGCAGGCAAUCUGGCUCGCAUCCUGAAGGCCAUUCCGCUGGAUUGA